CACCCAGAAGCUGAGCUUCCCUGACUGUGAGCUGAACACAGCAUCGUUUUCAUUGAUACAAAAAGCUUACGUGUACAAAGCAGUCCAAACCUGGCGAUUUUUCUGCCUUGUUAGUGUGUGUGCUACUAGAUUUAAAGUUGGUACAGCAAACCAGCUGGGAAUGGAAUCUCUGUGCAGCAAUUCAAUUGCUGCUUGCUGCUCACGUUUAAUUUUGCAGGAUGGCUCUUCUGUCCAGGGAAGCUAAUUCACGUUAGUGCAGUGUUAGAUUAUAAACUCCUUGCAGAUGGCUUUCCUGCUGUUCUGUAAAGAAUUGAGCACCUGGUAGAUUCUUAUAUAGGUUUUGCACUGUCUGUCUUCUCAUAACUCUGAGAGUACGUGUCUGAGUUCAGAACCAAUGUACGCUCUAGCUUAUGAUGCUCAGUCACUGCGUGAAUGUAGUGAAGGUGUGGAUAGUUGAACAUCUUUCAGUCUGUGUUUGAGAGUCGUGCUCUUUUUCUUUUCAUUUUUAAAGUCCUGCCCGGGUGCUGGAAAAUUAGCACCCCAGCUGUGUGUUCUUGCCUCAGAUGACCUUUUUUCUUCUUUCUGUAUCCAGAUUUUUUAAAUUAUUUUUAUUUUUUUCCUCACUUGUUUCUAUGGCAACAGAUUAUAAGCUCACAAAAGGGAGGAUUAUUGCUUUUUAUCCUAAAUAAUCUCGGAUGUAGCAAUUUCUUUUGCAUACAUUGUGUGAGUGAAUGGCAGCUACUUAACCCUUGGUAUCACAUCCUUAGCCUGGAGUGUGAGAAGAGGAAUCCUGUUUGGUAAAGCUGGAAGGGUCUUGAGUACGUUAACAGUUCAAGUCGUGCUUUACUACUUUUUUCUGCUUUCCACCUCUGUGUUAUCCAUGAAUUUAGUGCUUCUGUCCAUUCCAUCAUGUCACAGAAGAGGGAAGUAGAUGGAGGCUGAAGUACAGCAUCUCUUAUUUUCACCAGUGCCAGAGGAUAGCUCAACAGCAGGAUGGAAGGGAUUGAAGCACUUUGCUCCAGUGCCUCUGUUAGUUCAAGGAGCUGUGCAGUGACCUACAUCUGAGGAUGGAAUUUAGGUUGUGCUUGCUGUCAAAGUCUAUGCUCAAGGCACAGCAGGAUUUGUAUGAGGCUAGCAUGCUAAAUCCUACGCAUUAUACUUUGACAACUUUUACACUUAAGGUAGUGAGAUGAAACCAGCACCACUAGGCGUUGCAGUCCAUCUGUCGCAUGGCUGUUUUUACCUGGAUCUCAGGUAGUGAUAGCUCAAGGGUAACUUGGACUAGCCUCUUAAUUUUCUGUUUUGUUUAAACUUUUCUUUUUCUCCUUUCUCACGCCUGUCAGCUUCAGUGGUUGUAUUUUUAUCUCAGAUCGCGUACUGUUUUGAGCCCCCUUGGCAAUGAAGCAAAGAAUUGAGCGGAGAACACUGAUCUUAGGAGGGGCGUGGGUGUACACAUCUAUUUUGAGAAGAGAAUCUGCCACCCUAGUAGCUCCAGCCAUUUCUUUUCAGCAUCUGGCAGGGAAUCCUCUGUGCACUCUGGCUUUGUGCGCUUCUAUUUGGUGCUUCAUUUCAAGUUUAUCCUUGUCAUUCAUACUUAAACAGGAGGCCCAAGCAUAGUUCAAGGAUUUGAUGUUUUACAAACCAAUUUUGGAAACGUGGUCUAUGGAAAUGGGAGUUGGGAAGAAUCUUAAUUAUAGGCAUCCAGCUGCAAAGGUGAUUGCUGUGAUAAAAGCCUGUGCAACUAAGGGGAGAACCACCUACCGAUGUGGUUGCAGGGUGCCACGUGACGUUUCUUCAGCAUCAGGUGUUUCACUGUUGCUCUAGUUGUUUGAUGUUUGCCCAGCAGCUCUGCCCCUUUGGGCGCAGAUCACUGUGUGGGGUCCUCUUUUUUUUCUGACUGGGCCGACUUUUAGCAGCCAUUCACCUGUCACAGCAGUGUAUUUAUGUGCAUGCCCUAGAUGGACACUCUCCUGAGAAGCCGUCUGGCUCUCAUAGCUUGGCGAAGCUGAGCAGCAGCUGGACCUGUCUGUCUGCACGGUCACCAAGGCCGGUCCCUGCUUGGGCUCUGCCUGAGCAGCUGCUCUCCCUUGGAGGUGUGACUGUGGCUGGUUAUGAUUAAGCCCAGACAGCUGGCCUGUGUUGGUGUGAAGCUUCCUCUUGGAUAUUGCUCCAGGUUUGAAGACAAAUGCAGAGCUUCUUUCUUGAGCAGGCAGGGUCAAGGGCCAGCUUACUGAAGUUUUUUGUUCAAAUGUUUGUCAAAGCCUGCUCUAAUGGCAUCAUGUUGCAGCUGUUUCUCUUGCAGUGACUAUUAAAAAAAAAACAAAAACAAAACAAGGGGUUUAUGGUCCACAUGAUUAGUCUUCAUCUCUUCAGUUCCAGUAUGUAAAAAUUGGGGAAGGCCUGAUGAUUCCUCAGUUCCUUCUUACUUAGCUAGAGCUGUUAGAAGAAACAGCUAUUUACAGUGCCUGAACCUUGGACUAAUUUGAUAUGCACUUGUCCUUGAAAAAUUCCUUAAUAAUCAAGGCAGGUAGCUCUGUAACAGUGAGCUCACUUCCUAGGUUUCUGAAAACCAUCCCACGCUGUUUUUAUGGACCGUUCCCAGGAUCUUGUAUAUUAAACAGCAGGAAGAAGCCCACACAUGUGACAGUGAACUGCUGGUUUUGUAAUCAGGACACGGUGGUGCCAUAUGGGAAUCGCAACUGCUGGGAUUGCCCCAACUGCGAGCAGUACAACGGCUUCCAGGAGAAUGGAGACUACAACAAGCCCAUCCCCGCUCAGUACAUGGAACACCUUAACCAUGUUGUUUCAGGUGCUACAACUUUCUGUGAUCCCACCAAACCACAGCAGUGGGUGAGCAGCCAAAUUUUGCUUUGUAAGAAAUGCAACAACCAUCAAACUACAAAGAUCAAACAGCUUGCUUCAUUCUCACCAAGGGAGGAGGGCAAAUAUGAUGAGGAGAUAGAGGUGUAUAAGCACCAUCUGGAGCAGACCUACAAACUGUGUCGCCCAUGCCAGGCUGCUGUGGAAUAUUACAUAAAGCAUCAGAAUCGGCAGCUGCGGGCGCUGCUGCUCAGCCACCACUUCAAACGCCGUGAGACAGACAAGACCUAUACUCAGAAUUUGUGUUCAUCUUCGUCCGCUACUUCCAUAACUACACCAGCUCAGGUGAUAUUUCUGCGGUUCUUGGCCUUCCUCAGCUGCGCGUUCCUGGUUCUCUUGGCCUUGUAUGGGUCAGGCGACCCCUUCUCACUCAAUGCUGCAGUCCCUGCUCCCGUCUCUUCUAGUCCAGCAUCUGUUCAGAACAGGACUGGCACGAGCUCGCAUGCAGACUUGGGAAAUGACACUUCCAUGGCAGUGGCAGGCUGGCGGGAGCUGCUCCACCUGCUCCCAGAACAGAUGGUGGAGAACCUGAGCACUGCAUGGGAUUACGGGAAGAAUCAUCAGAUGGCAGUCGCUGUGCUUGGGUUGUUCACCUGCCUGCUAGCAAUGUUCUUGGCUGGGCGGAUCAGGCUCCGGAGAAUCGAUGCAUUUGCUUCAGUCUUGUGGUUCAUAGUGAUGAGCCUGCAUUUAGCUGAGAGGUACCUGAAAACGGAAACACCCAGCUGGCUAGACACGGCCAAAUUUGGCACCACGUCCCUGUGCUGCUUGGUGGGCUUCACUGCAGCAGUGGCAACGCGGAAAUCAACGGGCCAGCGGAGAUACCGGCCCCGAAGGUACUUCUCCGGGGAUUCGUUUAGUCUUUUUCCCAAUGGCACUGGGACUGGCUUCCCUUCCUCUACUACGUCUCUCUUUGUCCCAACACCACCCAGUAUUCUCCAGCUGACAAACCAGCAGCUCUUCAGAUCCCCACGCAGGACUUCUUCUUCCUCUCUUCCUGGACGUCUCAACAGGGCACUGUCUCUGGGUACCAUCCCCUCCUUGGCCAGAGCAGAUUCUGGCUACUUGUUCAGUGGAAGUCGACCGGCCUCGCAGUCAUCGCAGUCCAAGGAAUCUCCCACAUCAGAGCACUUCUCCCUGCUGUCAGCCAGCUGUGCUCCCUCCCGCAUCCCCUCUCCAGCACCAUCAGUGGCUGGCUCUGUGACUUCCAGCUCAGGUUCCUUGCGGUAUCGCCGGCCACUCAUCAGCCCUGCCCGACUGAACCUGAAAGGACAGAAGCUGCUGCUUUUCCCAUCUCAGAAUGAGGCCCUGCUCACCCCAACCAGCUCAGAGGCGCACACCCACUCAGACAGCAACAUCUUCACAACUGAGCUGUCCUCGUUUCCAAAGAAGAACCUCAGCGAGCGGGGAACGCAUGAUAUGAGAUCUGCUGUGGAAGGAGGCAGUAUUUGCAGCAAUAAUUCCAUCAAAAAGGAGGAUCACUCAUCACACUCAUCUACCUGUGUGGUAGAUACAACUACCAAAGGGGAAGAUUUGGUAGGCUGGAGAGGUCAUUUUGGUAACUCCGCUCUCCGAGGUCUGCUAGCAGUGAGUCUGACUCUCAAUGCUAUCUUCACAUCAGCCUAUGUCUACCGGAGCCUGCGCUGAUUUGUGCCAACACUUCCUUUCUUACUGGUCCCACCUGCUUCUGAGAAGACUCCUUGACAAGAUGAAUUCAACCACGGUUUCAUGUCUAAUGGCUGUGCCACUGGUGCAUGCUGUUGUUUUUUUUUGUUUUGUGUUUUUAUAACAACUGUUUAGUCAGCUGUUGUGACAAGGAACCCUAGUGGCUGCUGCCAUCAUUUCCAGGUAGAACAUAUCACAGGAUUGUCCCUGGAGGCAGUGAGCAGCACUCUUGGAAAGCCCUAGUUCUAAGCCAGAGGCUAUUCAGAUGUUCCAUACUCCUUCUUUCAAACAGACUGACCUGAGACAUGAGCCUGAAAAGGUGUAAGCUACACUGUAAGGAAUGUCCCCUCAGCUAUUCAUCCUGACAUACUAACCUCACGCUGAUGGUGCUGUUAAAAUGAGAAUUAGAACAAAUGAGCUGAAGAAGACACAUGGCUUAGUAGUUGGUGCUGGGCUUUGUCUACAUUAACAGGAUUCCCAGCCUCCUUGGUCAGUGGUUCCUCUUUUCCCUUUCCUUUGGCACACUCUUCUCAAUUAUCAGUGAACUUUUCUUUGGUUGCCUUAAGCUUGCCUGAUCACAUUGGUGACUCUGACUGCUCUGUCAUAUUCUUGCAUCUUAUAUGACCCUUGCUUCCACCUGGGCUCUGCCCUGAGGCCACUCUCACCAGCUGCCAUUCUGGUCUUAUUGGUUCCCAGAAACUUCUCCAACCAGUGCUGUUGUAGGGAUGUACAAAUCCAAAACAGAGAUCCUUUUGUGGUUUGCAUUAGAAAGAGGAAACCUAAAUUUUGCUUUGUCCAGGAGACAUUAAUUCUGUUGUAAUAAGAAAGGAUCCCCACUUGAGGGGCUUUAGCUCCCAACUCCAGCUGCUGGUGUUUUCACUGAAGCAGGAGUGGCAUAUCUUGUUCUUGCUGUAAAUUGCACGUAUCUAUUCUAUUGGGAGGUAUGUGAGUGGCUGUCUGAUUGUAUACAUUUCUACAUAAAACUGGCUCCUCAGUCUGAUACUGGGAUUUACAAAGUAAUUAUUUAAGAUAUUUCUUAAUUAAAUACCAAGGUGCUCUUAGUGAGAGAUGCCAGAGCUGCUUCUGGACAGUUCAGCUUUCUGGAAAGAUAGUUUUUCUAACCCAAAGAAAGUAGUGUUAGGUUUUCAAAAGCAGCUUAUAAUUUGAGUGCUUCCACUUCUGGGUGAGUCAUCAGCAUGGCUUAGAAUUCAGGGGCCAUUUAGAGUAUCAUGCUGAACACUCAAAAUACUUUAAUACACCGUAGGAAAAAAAUAAUGAUCUUUAUGCCUUGAUUCUUAAAUCCCAUAUACAGAGAGGAGAACUACCAACAUGCCAAGGAUACCUGGUGAAAAGAGAGCCAACUGACAUUAGCUGUGUAUUUUCUGAAACAGGACUCACACUGUUAAGAGUUUUUCUAUUGUCUCUUCCUUUGGUCUCCUUUACCUCAAACAUCCUUUCUCCUUCCAUUCAGUUCAUCCCAUUGCCUUUUGUUUGCAUCUUGAAUUACAGUUAAGCUUCCUGUGUCUUCCUCUCAGUCCUGCUGCUGUUCCCAUUAUUGCACUCUUGCACAUGCACAGAAACACAGCAUAUCUGUGCUGAUAAUUCUCUGUCCUGCCCUGAAAUUCACACCUCAGAGUGAUGAUCACCCUUCCUUUCACUUAAUUUUUUUUAUUUGCAUGUUUUAUUAAGAUCCCACCACAGCCUCACUUAGUACCUCACAUGAGCUAGACCCUAAUCAGCAUGCCAUAUAACAAAGUGAGCAGGGCUUCACAGCUGGUGAUUCAAGCUCUGAAAAAUUAAAUCUCUCUUUGUCUCUUCCAUUUCUUCCUGCACUGUUUUAGCAGCCCGCUUCCAGCCACCGCUCCCCAUCCUCCCUUGUUAUUGCCUUCUCUGCCUCUUAUGUGCAGAGGAGAGACCUCUGGCCACACACUCAUUGAGAGACUGCAGAGACCUGACUGCCAGCACCCCUGUGCAAAGGUGUAGAUCCAGGAUAAAUACCUGCAGCAGAAAUAACUGGAUGUGCUGCAGGUGGAUGGUUAAUUCUUUUGUAACUUGCAUGAAUUGUUACUUAUAGCUGAACCUGCCCCACAACGUUGCUGUUACGAGCUUUUUAUCCCCUUUAUAAACUUGUGCAGGCUCCCACAAGCAUGUGUAUAGGCAAGAUGCUAGCAGACCAACAUACAAGCUUCUCCUUAGACCUGUGCUGUUUGCGUUUGAUGUUGUCCUGGUGUGGUGUGUGACAUCCCAUUCGUGGAUCCUUGUCCUGACUUCCAGCAUACCCAGGGGCUGCCUAUGCAGAGACAAGCCUGCCAGAAAUACAGUGGUUUUGCUUGUUUUUAUUAUGCUGACAGAAGUGCACUGUGACUUCAUGUAUGCAAACUUCCUACUUUCACCUCCCAGUCUGCACUGAGUUCACUUACCAUCACACUCACCUGGGGCCCAAGUCGGUCUCUGUCUCUACCAGACUGCAAUAUAGAAAUUCCCCUCCUUUCCAGCAACCAAGGAGCUGCACCCUCUGAAUGCACCUCAUGUUGCCCAUAUUCCAGAGCAGGAUCACUUUAAGCUGUCGCUGCACUUCUGAAUCCACUCACUGAAGCUGUUCUUAGAUGAGCAUUUGGUGACCUUGUCCAAAGCAAUAUAAAGACUUUGGAUUUUAUUGCUGAAGAGGGAAGACAACCAACUUUUUCAUUCUGGUGCUAGAAUACUCUCCAGUGGUGCUUUCACAGAUGUGAAGCCUUUGCUUGAGUAGUACACAAGAGUACAUGUGUGUAUGUGUGUGCGUGCAUAUGUAUAAAAACAUUCGGAGGGUUUCUUCAUUUGGAAAGAUCUGACCCCACGUUUGUCUUUAGAUCGUUGGCCUUAAUUUAGCUCCUGGAUACUGCGUCUAUCUUGCUGCUGUUUUCUGUAUGAAGCUGGUUUGGAGGAAAGGAAAGAUUGUCUGGUUCCCCUGUGAAAUCUUGUUGACGGGUGAUGUUGAUCUUCACACAGUGUUGUUCGGGGGUGAAAUUUUAUUUUUCUAAUAUUUUUUCCUACUGUUAAAACUGUUGGAGUGUUUGGAACUGAAAAGAUCGUUAUGAAAUGGACUGUCUGAUAAAGAUUUUAGUGUUACUUAAUCAAAACCACAAUUAAUCUUAAGGUGGAACAUAAAUGAGCUCCAUUUCCAGACCUUUUCCAUUCUCUGCCUUCCUCAGAACGUGCCCGUGUACUCCUUUGGGUGUGGGCUCGUUUGUCAUGUUAUGAGGCUUGGUGAAGGCUUUUAAUGACUAUGUUGUUAUGCAUUAGGAAGAAUUUGGAUUCUAGAAUCUUUGUUGCAGUUCUGCAGCCUGGGUGCAGUUUGGCAGAUGCCAUCACUAUUGUACACAUACCUGUUUGAUGGGAUAGAUAGAACAAGUUGCUGAUUUCUGAAAGUCAUCGUAUCUUCUACUUAAAAGCUUAGACAUGAAGUUGGUCACCGUGGCAAUGUGGAAAAACUGCUGGCAUCCACGGGCCAGAUUCACUGGAAUUUUGCCUGUCUGCUCAAGCAACCAAUUUGGCUUGUGAAUGUUUUAUUCUCACUGUCUCUUCUUGGGUAGUGGGAGCACCUGUAAACGCUGCUGAACUGACCGGGUUCCUUUAAACAAGGCAGCUGAAAUGAAGGGCUUGUGUUGCCUGUGGAUGCUGCUAUAUUUUUUUUCUUCCAAGUACCAUUCCAGGAAAUAACUAUGGUCUUAACCUCUAUCACAGCCAUUUGUUAGAAGGCUAGAAAGGGCCAAUUUGGCCAACAGAGUUCAACUUUAAAUAUAUAUAUAUUCACACACGCAUAUACGUGUGUGUGUGUAUAUAUGUAUGUGAACACAUACACAUGGCAGCAGAGGGCAAUCAUCAUGGUUUUGAAUGGAAUUGAUAUCUCGAGAGGGUGUGGAGGACAACGUUGAGUCCUGAACCUUAUUUCCUGUGGCAGAAAUACUGUAUGUCAUGUACGUGUCCUUGUUCGGGGAGCUCUAACACUGUACAGUUUAGUUAAAUUGUACUCCAGGGGGAGAAACUGUUCCUCGGAGGUUUUUAGUUCAUGCUUUGUGUUUAAAGAGGAAUAUUUUUCUUUAAAAAAUAAAAAUGGAAAAAUUUUCACCUUA